AUGCACUUUUAUGCUUUGAUUGCGGUGCUAAUCUCAUUACAACAUUUCAACCCUUCUCUAUCCCUUGGAUUCGAUGAUAAAGUUUCUUCAGGAGAAGCACUUGGCCACGGUGAUGCUUCUGGCGGAGUGGUGAGGUGCAUAGAGAGGGAAAGGGAAGCACUCCUUGCUUUCAAACAAGGCCUCGUGGAUGAAUACAACCAACUCACUUCUUGGGGAUCUCCUUAUUGUUGCACAUGGGAAGGAGUUUUCUGCAGCAACCAAACCAAAGGUGAUCAUGUUAUCAAACUUGAUCUUCUACCAUAUGAUUUGCAAGGUAAGACGAUAAGCCCUAAACUGGUUGAGUUGCAGCAUUUGAAAUAUUUGAGCCUCUAUGGAAUUGACUUCAAUGGGAGCCAAUUUCCAGAUUUCAUUGGUUCCCUAUCCAAUUUAAGAUACCUCGAUCUCUCUGACGCUUCUUUUGGUGGUCGAAUUCCAAGUCAGCUUGGAAACCUUUCACACUUGCUACAACUCAAUCUUGCCUACAACCACUUUGCUACUAAUGUUGUGCAAAAUCUCAAUUCUUGGCUCCCUCGUCUUUCUUCAUUAACACAUUUGGAUUUGAGUUACAACAGUCUCAAUAACACUUAUGACUGGCUCGAAGCAAUCAAUAAGCUCCCUAAGCUAAGAGACUUUUCAUUAAGGGAUUGUUCUCUUCAUUCUCCUCCAAUGCCUUCCACUCUCUUUACCAUAAAUUCUUUUAAAUAUCUUGCUCAUGCUGAUUUCAGUUUGAACCGUCUCACAUCUUCUUCAAUAUUCGUAUGGUUGUCAGCCUACAGUACAAGCCUUGUUUAUCUUGACCUCAUUGGCAACAAUUUAACUGGUCUAAUUCCUGGUGUUAUUGGAAACAUGACCUCGCUUUCCUAUCUUGAUCUCUCUUUUAACCAAAUUGAAGGAUGGAAUCCGCAUUCUUUUGCUAGGUUAUGUAGUUUGCGAUCGUUGGUCCUCAGGAGCAACAGACUGAGUGGACAAUUUUCCCAGUGGGUUCAAAUAUUAUUAUUAAUGUCUGCAUGCGCUCAAAACUCAUUAAAGUUUCUGGACCUCUCUUACAAUCAUCUUGUCGGGCCAUUUCCUAAUCUUAUAAAGUUUUUGUCGUUGAAAGAUUUAGAUCUCUCUGGCAAUCAAGUAAGUGGAAUAAUUCCUGAAACUAUUGGGAAAAUGUCUAAGCUCGAGAGUAUCGACCUUAGUAUGAAUCAUUUGGAAGGGGUGAUUUCCGAAAGCCAUUUCUCACGACUUGCCAGAUUGAAAUAUUUGGAUUUGUCCUUUAACUCUCUAGUUUUAAACUUCCAUUCGGAUUGGAUUCCUCCUUUCCAAUUGGAUUAUAUAAUACUAGGUUCUUGCAAGAGGACCUCCUGCUUCACUCACCUUCCCCGCUUCAAUCCCCACCGCAUCGCAUCGGGAUUAUCAGGUGCUCCCAUGGCUUCCACACAGACGGAUGCGCAUGUUGCUGCUACAAAAACCCUCGGACCCACAGAGAAAGGAGAGUAG